CUUCUAUCACCACCUCGGAGCCCGAGUGGAAGGGGAAGGCAGGAAUCGCCCCGCACGCGCCCCCAUCCGCCUGCCGGCGACGGCCCACAUGCCGACCGCCUACAGCCUCCGCGCGCCGCCCUCCACCGCGCAGCAGCGCCUCAGGCUGCCCCCGCCGCCGCUGCCGCUUUGCCCGGCGGGUGGAGGGGCCGCCCGCCGGAGGAGGGUUGUCGGGGUAGCGUCCGCGUCCGCGUCGCCCUUCGACGAGCUGUACGCGCGGGGGAGGCCCGCACAUGGACCCUCCAAGAAAUCCAUGCUCUGGAACUUGAUCCAGGACAUAGAGCCUCUGGACCUUAGUGUCAUUCAGAAAGAUGUUGCUCCUGAAACGGUAGAUGCAAUGAAGAGGACUAUUUCGGGCAUGUUGGGUCUGCUUCCAUCUGAUCAGUUCCGUGUCAUUGUAGAAGCUCUUUGGAAUCCCUUCUUCAAAUUAUUGGUAUCUUCAAUUAUGACUGGGUAUACUCUGCGAAAUGCUGAAUACAGGCUUUCUUUUGAAAGAAAUCUUGAACUGUCUGAAGAAGUUGCAGAAUGCCAAAAAAGUGAUGUCAUUGAAGAUAAUCAUCAUGACAUCAAUUUGGGUACACCUGUCACUAUUUUUAGAUUAGCAGAAGAAGACAUGCCCCAGGACCCUGAAAAAACUGAUGACGAAUCAUCAUAUGAAAAUAUGGGAGAAGAGCUCGGCGACUUAACCCUGCAGGCAGAAGAGUAUAUUAUUCAGAUGCAAUCUCGUUUGGAUGCCAUGAAAAAAGAGCUACAUGAUCUCAGGAGAAAGAAUUCUGCUCUGCAGAUGCAACGGUUUGUUGGGGAGGAAAAAAACGACUUGCUGGACUAUUUGAGAUCACUAACACCAGAGAAGGUUGCUGAACUAUCAGAGUCUUCAUGUCCCGGCGUGCAAGAAGCAAUCCAUUCUGUGGUUCAUGGUCUGCUGGCUACUCUUUCCCCCAAGAUACACUCAAAGGCCCCUCCACCGCUAGAUAACACUUCUGGAGGGGUCUUAAACCUUGGGGGCGAGGAUGAUGACUGUGCAGAACUUGUGGAGAAUGCUUCCCUCCCAUUUCAGCCCCUAAUAUCUGUUCCCCGUGAUUAUCUUGCACGCUUGCUCUUCUGGUGCAUGCUGCUGGGUCACUACAUCCGGGGUCUGGAGUACCGGUUAGAGCUUGCUCAGCUUCUGCGAAUAUCCAGCGACGUGGGUUCUUUCUCUGGUGGUGAUGAUCAUGUUGUUUGAGGGUACCACGUUUACUGGUAUUCCUCACCGGGAAGAAUGGAAAGAUCUGGCCAAGCAAUGCAGAGGUGGCCGUUACACUGCGUUCCCUCUCUGAAAUGAUGCCCCAAGCCCCCAAUACAGGUGGCGCUGCUGAGCUAUAUAUUAGUUGUAGUUCCUGUAAAUUCAGAAAACAGUCACUCGGGUCGGGUGUAAAGCUAGUGUUACAUAUGCACGUGAAGCACUUUCUUUUUUUCUUCCUUUGAUGUUGUGCCGUAUAAAAAAGGUUUGGUGGUUAGUUGGUGUUUAUCUACUGGUAGCAUGAUAGGCUUCCUUGUAUUCUAGUUGUAUGUAUCUGGUGGUUGUGAUUGAUGUCCAGCGUCCAUUUAGCUUGUGUGGCUUCUUGAUUCGAAUAAAGUUUAACUUAUUUUUUGG